AUGAAUGAAGGGGAGAAUUUUGUAGGUGAAAAAGUUUUUAAAAACAUAUUUUCGACAGAAUUUAACAUUUCUUUCCAUGUACCCCGAAAAGACAAAUGUGUAAAAUGUAUUAAAUACGAAAAUAGCCCCGGAGAAUAUCAGGAAAAAAAAGAAAAACAUAUGUCAGAUAAAGAAGAAACAUAUUCGAGAUUUCAAACACAUCAAGACCUUCGCAAACACGAUAGUAGUAUACUCUGUACUACGUUCGAUCUCCAAAAGGUGCUGAAUACUCCAUAUGGAGACAGCAUGUUACUUUAUUACAGCAGAAAGAUCGCUACAUAUAAUUUGACAUUUUACGAGUCCGUCACACGAGAAGGGUUCUGUUUCUUGUGGAAUGAAGUCGAAGGCAAACGUGGUGCGAAUGAAAUUUGUACCAUUCUGGUUAAAUACAUUGAAAAGGUGGACGAACGUGGAUCUAUAAAACAUUUACUUUUAUAUUGCGAUUCCUGCCCAGGGCAAAAUAAAAAUAAAAUUGUUCUGGCCUGCAUCCAUAAAUCUUUGCAAAAAUGCAAGAAUAUAUCAACCAUUCAAAUGAAUUACCUUCUACCGGGACACACAUACAUGCCUGUGGAUUCCAUGCACUCAGUCAUUGAGAAAAGUGUGACAAACAACAUUGUAUGGGCACCGUCUCAGUGGCCAACCAUAUGUGCUCUAGCAAGAAAAGUUCCUAAACCAUACGAAGUUGAAGUUCUAUCUCACAAAGAUUUUGAGGGCUGGGAUACAAUUUUAGACAGAUACUUCAAAGGCAAUCUUGCAGGUAAAAUAAGCAGGAUUCGCACUACUACAUUCAAGAAAGCUAAUCCGCACCAUAUCGAAGUCAAAUAUUCCAUGAAAGUUGAAGCUGAAUCUGAAAAGAUCGAGGUUAUAGGCAAAGGUGAAUUAAUUCCAAAGUUAAUUUACAAAUCGAAAUUGCCUAUUUCAAAGAAAAAAUAUUCCGAUUUGGAAAAAUUAUGUAACAAUAAAACUAUACCAGCAAUGUAUGUUGCAGAAUAUAAGUCUUUACCUCAUGCAGUAAAUGUUCAAGAUUUUUUGGCAGAUAACAGACAUUGA